AUGGCCCUAGAGAAGAACAUGAUCGGCAUCCUCUCCAUAGACCUCCCCGAUGCGCUGACCACACGGAAAGUGGUUCUUCCAAGCAGAAUAGAGCUGCAAGGCAUAAGUCUUGUUGCUGAAGCUAUCCCCAAAUGGGACACAGAGCUGGAUCCUGGUGGCAUCAAUCUUUUCUUGGAGCUCGUCUUGAACAGAGAAUGGCGUGGUGCAUCGCCAGCGGCAGAAGUGAGAUUUCGCUUUGCCACCUUUGUUACGAUGCCAGAUGAUGUGUUGGCGGAGACCGCAGGAGCGCCAUAG